AUGAGGUGUUCAUCUCUCUUCGCCAUGGUGGCCUGUUUAGGUCUUACCACGAUCUAUCAACCUGUAGCCUCUAUGAAGCUCGAACAAGGAAGUAACUUAGCUGUCUCGACCAAGUACGAUGAAGUUCCAGAAGCUUCAGCUGCUGAUAUGGCAGCAUGGAAGAACGUUCAAGUUUACUCACUUCUUAAAACUUAUCAAGCUUCUAUUCAACAAUCUACCGAUAAGAUUAAAAAAUUAAUGCAUAUGAAACCUAAGACUCAGAGUCAAGGUGGAUUCGAAUUUGAUUACUGUCUUUCGAUCUUUCAUGAGAUCGAAUUGAUGAUCAGAAUCAGUCAUACUUCUUCUCACGGUGUUGAACAAGUUGAAUCUAACCCAAUGCCAGCUAAGAUGCCUUUGAAGAUUCCAACAGCUGAUGAUAUUGCUGAUGUCACUCACAACACUGCCAACCUUUUAUCGAACUUUUGGCAAGAAGCUGCUGACACUACUCUUCCUUGUUUCGCGAAAUAUGACGCGCCUAAAUUACCUGAUCUUGCCUCUGCUUUUUGUGAUAUCAUUAAAAAAAUCAUUCAACAUAUUCACGACACCAUUGCUUGUUUCUUCAAACACUUUUUCCCUGAUUUUGAUCAUUACAAAGAUCUUGGAAUGGGAUUUGAUCAAAUUCUUAAUCUUUUGAAAGGACUUAUCAUCCCAGGUCAAAUUGAAUCGGCUUAA